AUGUCAACAAAGCAAUCGCUCUUCGGACUACCUUACAAAUAUGUUAGUCUUAUAACUUUAGUUGUUCAAAAUAGCACGUUGGUGAUAGUAAUGCAUCGCUCGCGUGUUAUGGUCCCAAAAGAUCAACAGUACUUUGCCUCUACAGCGGUAUUCCUAGCCGAACUCAUCAAAUUAUUUAUAUCGUUAUACAUGGCGGGACGAACACAGAUAACAGAAAAAGGCUCAUUGAGCAUUUAUGACUUAUAUCAGGACAUAUUUUCUAGUGACGCUUGGAAGUUAAUGAUACCAGCAGCUUUAUAUACGAUACAAAAUAAUUUACAAUAUGUGGCGGUAAGUUUACUAGACGCAGCCACAUUUUCAGUGACAUAUCAACUCAAAAUCCUGUCGACCGCAUUGUUUUCGGUUAUCUUGUUGAAGAGAUCAUUGAGUGGAUUAAAAUGGUUCUCGUUGGUUUUGCUUACAUUUGGCGUGGCACUUGUUCAAUUCCCAUCAGACAAGAGCACAAAUUCAGCGGCGGAAGAUGACGAUGAAGGUAUGGAGAGAUUUGUUGGACUUGGUGCGGUGGCUGUCGCCUGCAUAAUUUCUGGGCUGGCUGGUGUUUAUUUCGAGAAGGUCUUGAAAGGUACACAUGCAACUGUAUGGACCAGGAAUGUUCAAUUAUCACUCUUUUCUUUAUUUACUGCGUUGAUCAUGGGUGUAUGGUGGAAAGAUGGUGCUAACGUUGCUGAAAAGGGAUUCUUUUUCGGAUAUAAUAUGGUUGUCUGGUCUGCAAUAUCAUGUCAGGCUAUUGGUGGGAUAAUUGUCGCGUUGGUAGUAAAAUAUGCUGAUAAUAUUCUCAAAGGAUUUGCCACUUCGAUCUCGAUAAUUCUUUCGUUUUUGGCGUCCCUUUGGAUCUUCACCGACACUAGUAUUUCAAUAACAUUCUUGGCUGGUUCCGCUCUAGUAUUGGCCUCUACUUAUAUGUAUAGCUUACCUGAUGCCCCCAUCAAUAAAGACACAGAAAAUGAUCGUGACGGAAGAACUGGUUAUACCAAAGUGGAACAGAUUGAUCUUCACGUGGAAAAAUAA